CAAGCGUUGAAGUUCAGUACGUUAAAGGGUUCAACACCGUCUUUUGAAUUAUAGGAACAUUAGGCAGUGUCACAAAGCCUCUAAAGAUUGCGAGUGGACGACACGACUGUCAGAUGGAGUCUCUGACUCUUCAUUGGAUGAAUGUUUUAGAGGGCGGAAACGUUACGUUUGGGUCCAUGACGAGUGCUCAACCGGAGGGCGGAUCAUCGUCAGGCUAACCAUACCACAGACGCCCGAGAAACUGUCAAAAAUAGUGUACAAACGCCUGUGUGUGGCAGCGGAGUGAUGGCAGACCUGAGGCUGAGUGAUGCUCUGAGUGACAGUGUGGCACCGGAUGUGAAGGAGAACAUGGUGCAGAAGGAUUUUAUAGCAUCGCUGGAGGCCGAGACCUUUGAGGACAAGGUUGGCGAGACAGUGGGCAAGACCGACUACAUCCCACUGUUGGACAACGAUGACAAGGAAACAGAUGCAGUGUUGGAGAAUGGAGAUAAGGAUGCCCAAGGGGCACAGAAACCUGGCAUUUUAGGUUCGUCAGUAACACCAGGAGGACAGAUUUUAGCAUCGCCUGCAGAGACACGAGGGGAGGUGCGGCCACAUCUAAUAGGUCAGCACGCCUUAGCAUCGGACAUACUACCAGCCCUAGGCUCUGUAGCUGCUUUUUCUGAUCAGUGGGUUGCUUCGUCCCACCCCUCCCAGAUGAUGGACACUGACUUGAUGGGACCUUUUUCAGGUUUCUCUCAGCCUAUGAUGGGUUUGGGUAUGAAUAUUGAUGUUGGGGUUGUACCACUCCAGACAGAAAAGCCUCCAAGCAUUGCAGACACCCAGAAACCAACAUUGCUGGCCACAGAGGCACCUACCACCACUAAGAACCUUGGAGACUUGUCUGCAGGUGUCUUUGCUGACCACUGGCCACAUGAUGCUGGCCUUCCCUCUGACCUGCCCUUCACGCCCAGUGUUUCCACGGUGGUCAGUCUCCAUGGAAGCCAUUUGGCAGACAGCCCACAGGAAGCCCCUGACCACCAGUGGGCUGUCAGAGAUGAUGGCGCAGGGGAUAGAGAAGAAAGAGAACAUGAGGGUUUUGAUCGCAAAAAAGAGAAGAAGAAGAAGAAACGGAGGCCAAGGGAAGAGGUCUGGGACCUGCUGGAGAAUAAGAGGCACUUAGAAACUCAGAGCGAGAGCAUCUCUCUCCCUGAGAACCAACAACGUCAGGCAUCACCACGCAAGGACCGGGACAGAAAUGAGAGCUGGGAACGCGAGGAUCUCAGCCGGGGUGGUGGAAGGAUCAAGAAGGGAAAAAGCCGCAAGAAGAUUCCAGAAGAGUGGGCAAUCCAUGCAGAGCCAUUUGUCCCUGCCUCAGUCUCAUUGUCUGAGGGCUUUGGGGAAAAGCUAACAACUUCACCACUGGUUGGAGACAUACGAGCCUGUAAUCAGGGCAUGGUCUCACUUGCCAAGGAUUAUGCUGAUGAGGUCCUUAUGCCAUCGUCGCUCACCCAGGAUCUGCUGUCGCUAACAGCAACUUCUCCACCAGUGGAGCAUGAGCCUGCAGCUCACACAGCAUUGUCUCCUAGUCAGGAAUCAUGCAUUUCACCCACAGGUUCCUUGUCAGUCUCCUCAGGCUUCACAGAUGUGUUUAUGGAAACAGAAAGUGUUAACAAAGAUAAAACCAAAGAUGGCUUUAAACUUCCUGCAAUGAAAGGUAAAAACGACCCUCUCACUUCCACUUUGAAUGAUGCCCCAGGCUUUGUGUCUGGGGGGGGACCCAUUGAGGAGGCCAUGUUUGAGCAACAACCCUCUUUCAUUGGCUCUGCUCUUGAUGCCCAUGUUUUGGCUGAUACCCAUGUGGUUGACCCUUUGAUGUCCACUCCUGGUAGUGGUGCUUUUGGAUCCUCUAUGGAAGCUUUGAUCUCAGCUCCACCAUUCUCACCAUCUGGAACAGCCUGGUCUCUCAACGACUCACACCUGAACAAUAGCAAAGAUCCCAUUGGCAUAACAGGCAUGGAGGGUGUUGCCUGUGAGACUUCUGUACCGGCUCCUUUAUCGUCACCAAGAGGCAAAAGUCCAAAAGAGUCCAAAUCAAAACAGGGCAAGAAAUUCUGUUCAUCCUCAUCAAAGAGCCCCACGUUACCUGAAGAGAAGCUACCUUCUCCUCAAAGUUCUGUGCUGAACCCUGCCGCCCCGCCAUUCUUCCCUAGUUUUGCUGAACCCCAGGAGCAUGUCGCAGCUCUGCCUGUCAUGCGGGAAGUUAAAAUGGAGCAAAACAAGCCAGAGCUGGAAAAAAUUGAGAACAUCCAGAAAUCUGACGUGUUUGACCAGAUAGGUGAAGUACAGAAGAUGGACAAGAUUGAGAAGACUGAGAAGAUUGAUCAGACAACCAAACUGGGCAAAGAAGAAAAGACUAUCAUAUUAGACAAAAAAGAAAAAAUAGAUAUUAAUGCAUUUGACAAGGUGAGCCAAUUUGAAAAGACAGACAUAGUUCAAAAGUCAGAUAAAGCAGCCACAGCUGAGCAACUUGAAAAAAUAGAAAGCAAGGAUAAACCAGAACAAACAGCUUUCAGUGAAAAGGUUGAAAGAUCUGAAAAGGUUGAGAAGAUGCCAGAACUAAAGGCUAUUGGAGUUGAAAUGGAUCAGCCUUCAAAGAUGGACAAAGAAGAGAAGGUGGAGAAGGUAGAGCAGAAGGCAGAAACCAUCAAACCUGAGAAAGAGGAGUUAGAUUGCAAACCAGGCAAGGACAAAGGUGAAAAAGAAAAACUUGAUCAGGAGGCAGAUGACAAAGCAGAGAAAGAAAAACCUGAGAAAGAUAAGCUUGAUCAGAAACAAGAAACUGGCAAAGUUGAACAAGAGACAGUAGAACAGAACACAGUCAAGAAUCAAAUGGAGUUAGGCCUAGAUGAGACCCUAAAAAUGGAUGUAAAGACAUGCAAGGAACCAGACAAGCAGGAGAAAAAAGACACAACUACCAAAGGGCAGAAGGAGGACAAAACUGAGAAGGCCAAAAAAACAGCAGCUAGGCCUGUGACAACCAAUGGUGUCUGCGCUACACCAGGGAAAGACCUGCCCAGUCCAGAGAAGAAAACCAAGCCUGUUGCCGGGGCAACCAAACCUAGCUUGGCCAAGCCCCGGCCAAGCACGGUAUCUAAUGCUGCAGCUGCUCCCAAGCGUCCAACCCCGACCCCAACCCCUACCUCCACAACCACCUCCUCUGCCACACUCAGCAAAAAAGCACCCAUGCACAAGGCAUCUGCACCCCCGGCUGGCACUAAGCGGCCUGCUUCGGCUGCCAGCCGGCCCUCUACCACAACCUCAGCACCCAACGAGGUUAAGCCUAAGAUGACUGCAGAGAGUCGCCCCCCAGUGCCAAGGGCCACCACUGCUCUGGCCCGGUCCGCGACCCCUAAAAACGGUACGUCUGCUACGUCAAGCAAACCCGCCACAACCAGCCGUACAUCACUCACCUCCCGCACCACAGCCAGCGCCCCUGUCCCCAACGCACGCCGCUCUCUUGCAACAACAAAAACUGAGAACAAAGUGGGUGAAGAGAAGAAGCCGAAAACUGCAGAGUUAACCAGGUCCAAAACUACAACUCCAAAACCCUCCGCCUUUACUGGCAACACCACACCUCGCCCCCGUACCACUAAGUCUGUCACCUCCACUAGCACCUCAACCACCAUGGUGCCAGAGAGAAAGCCCCCUGUGCCACGUGCCCCCAGAGCUAGUUCCACCGCUACUACAACCAGCACCACCACCCGGACCAACCCUCGGCCUGCAACUGCCACAGGCCCUGAUAUUAAAAAUGUGCGCUCCAAGAUUGGAUCCACAGACAACAUCAAACACCAGCCUGGAGGAGGCAAGGUCACUCUUUCUCAAAGCAGGACAGACACUCUGGCUCAGGGCUCCGUCUCCAAGGAGACCAGCCAGGGCAAAGUUCAGAUAGUCUCCAAAAAGGUGGACUACAGCCAUGUUACAUCUCGCUUGGGUUCUAAGGACAAUAUGAAGCAUGUCCCUGGUGGAGGGAACGUCCACAUUCACAGUAAGAAGGUUGACGUCAGUAAAGUGACCUCAAAAUGUGGCUCAAAGAUCAACAUUAAGCACAAACCAGGAGGUGGAGAUAUAAAGAUUGAGUCUCAUAAGGUGAACUUCAAAGAGAAAGCCCAGCCCAAGGUGGGUUCUUUGGACAACGUCAGCCAUGCACCUGGUGGGGGGAAUGUUAAGGCUGAGGGGGAACAGGAGACAGUUGAGGGGAGUGGGGCUCCCUCUAGUGGUUCCUUGGCAGCCCAGCCGGCAGCUGGCCCUGCCCAGGAGAAUGGGCUGAAGGAGGGCACUCCGUGUGGGGGCGAGGCUCUCCGGGACCCCCAGGGUCUGGACUCGCUCAUCCCUGAGACAAAUUGAGUCUUUCAAGUUAAACUUCCGCGAGAACGCCCGCUCUCGCACGGACCACGGAGCCGACAUCAUAACCUGGCCCACCCUGGGUGACAGCCCUGCUCACCCACAUCCACUCCGCAGCA